AUGGCUGAACCGCUACAGCAGCAGCAGCAGCAGCCGGGGCCAAACCGCCGCCGUCUUCACCCGUGCCGCCGCCUGGAGCGGCUGCUGCUGCUGCUUCUGCUGCUGCUUCUCCUCCCUUUGUUUCCCCUCAGCCUGGGGGAGCCAACGGACCGAGGGGGCUUGGGCUGCGCCCCCGCGGCUGCUCCGGAGGGGCCGAGCUGCGGGCUGCCGUGCUUCGCUGUCAUCGGGGGGCCGUGGGGAGCCUCGCCCGCUGCCAGUGCCCAAGAAGAAGGCUGGUGCUGCGCUGGUCCCCUCUCGCACCCCUUGCCGGGGGGCAGCACUUCCUCCAGUGCUGGACACCUGAGCCCGCGGUGGGAUAAGAAGAGGACGCGACGUCCAGCAAGCGCCCCGGGGGCGUGGGGCAGCGCCUCCCCCUGCUCUUGGAUUAUAAACGCUUCCGCACUUCUUCCGGAUCCCCCGAGCUCGGCGGGGAGAAGCGAGAGCCCUGCGUGCUGCCACUGGACUAAGCAAGAAUGCAUCCUGAGGCUAGCUAUGGUCGGGGCGGACUCGGAGCAGGCAGGCACCUUCUCCAUCCGUGCUAAGGAGGAGCGCGGAUCGGACAAUGGAUCCUAUCGCGGGAAGAGCCAGGAGGCCCCAUCCAGAACCCGCCUGCGCGCAUCCCAUCUCAACACCUGGCGCCGGCGAGUCUGCCUCUGUGUAGAGCAAUUUCCCAGUGUAUGGAACUCCACCCACCCCCGUCACCUGGUGAUAUCCGAGUGCCUGAACGCGAGGGCAACGAGCCCAGUAAAGCCCUCUUGGCUCUCGAGGAUGCGACUCGCUUCUUUUUUCCGCCCCGGCGCUCGUUCGCCCUUCUGCGGGUGGUUCACUCUGUUGACCUGCCUUCAGCUCUGCGUGGGCCAACCGAGGCACGCUGGAGCUUCCCGCCGCUGCGCCGGCGAGUGCUGUGGGGGCAGCCAAGAGCAAUGCUGCUUCCAGACUUGGGAUGGGAAAGAUUGGGCAGGAGCUGUUUCAGCACCACCGGCGCACAGGACAGCUCCCGGCAUAGAGCUAGAAACUCAGCCGGACGUAGAACGGAGGAAGCGCGAUCCCUGCCUUUUCUUUUAUCCGUUUGACUCCACCAAAGGCUGUUUACAAACUCUUUGUUUUGGGGUGGGUUUUAGGAGCCCAUCAGCUCCGGGAUUCUUUUCCUACCUGCCCUUAAAACCUACUCAUUCAACUAUGCAGAAUGAGCUAACCCAUUCCUCCUGUGCCAAGAAGCGGAGGAGGAGAGAGGGGGCAUUGCACCCUUUGCUGAGGACGCAGAGGGCAGCCAAUCGUCAUCCUCUCUUCCCUCAAUAUAAUUACCAGGUCCAAGUGGCUGAAAACCAGCCUUCCGGGACCCCUGUGAUAACAAUGGCAGCACAAGACCCUGAUUCAGGUGAAGCUGGGCACGUGUUCUAUUCCAUGGAUGCCCUGAUGAACAGCAGAUCUCUGGAGUUGUUUAGCAUUGAUUCCCAAAGUGGCCUCAUCACCACCACUGAAGUUUUGGACAGGGAAAAUAUGGACUUACACUACUUUCGAGUGACUGCGGUGGAUCGUGGGGUUCCCCGUCUAUCUGCCACCACCAUGGUUGCCAUUACAGUGGCAGACAGAAAUGACCAUAACCCAGUAUUUGAGCAGAGUGAGUACAGAGAAACUAUCCGAGAAAAUGUCGAAGAAGGCUACCCUAUCUUACAGCUGAGGGCCACAGAUGUGGACUCUCCACCUAAUGCCGACAUCAGAUAUCGUUUUGUAAAUGAGCAAGCCGCCCACUCUGUCUUUGAAAUAGACUCCCGGUCAGGGCUGAUCACCACAAGUGGGCAAGUGGACAGGGAGAAAAUGGAGAAAUAUUCUUUGGUGGUGGAGGCAAAUGAUCAAGGUAAGGAGCCUGGCCCUCGAUUGGCCACAGUUAGGGUCUAUAUAACAGUUCUUGAUGAGAAUGACAAUGUCCCACAGUUCAGUGAGAAACGGUAUAUAGUCCAGGUAAGGGAAGAUAUAAGACCCCACUCUGAAAUCUUGAGAGUUACUGCCACUGACUUGGACAAAGACAGUAAUGCUUUAGUUCAUUAUAACAUCAUCAGUGGGAACAGCAGGGGCCAAUUUUCCAUUGACAGUGUGACUGGGGAAAUACAGGUGGUCGCUCCUUUGGAUUUUGAAGUUGAGCGAGAAUAUGCACUGAGGAUACGUGCCCAGGAUGCAGGGAGGCCUCCUCUGUCCAACAACACGGGUAUGGUUAGCAUCCAAGUAGUGGACAUUAAUGAUCACACUCCCAUCUUUGUCAGCACCCCUUUUCAGGUAUCAGUAUUAGAAAACGCUCCUUUUGGCCACUCAGUGAUCCACAUCCAGGCCGUGGAUGCAGAUUAUGGUGAGAACUCUCGUCUGGAGUACAAACUUACUGGGGUCUCAUCUGACACCCCCUUUGUGGUGAACAGUGCCACCGGCUGGAUUACUGUGAGUGGCCCCUUGGAUCGAGAAACUGUGGAGCAUUAUUUCUUUGGGGUAGAGGCCCAGGACCAUGGCUCUCCACCUUUGUCUGCCUCUGCUAGUGUCACCAUCACUGUAAUGGAUGUAAAUGACAAUCGGCCUGAAUUCACGCAGAAAGAAUAUUUCAUCCGUCUCAAUGAAGAUGCUGCCGUGGGGACCAGUGUUCUCAGUGUCACGGCAAUUGACCGGGAUGUGAAUAGUGCCAUCAGCUAUCAGGUAACAGGUGGGAACACACGGAACCGUUUUGCCAUCAGUACCCAGGCAGGAGUGGGACUAAUCACCCUCUCUUUGCCCCUGGAUUACAAGCAGGAGAGGCGCUUUGUACUAACAGUGACAGCCUCUGACCGGACUUUGCAUGACAACUGCCACGUCCAUAUCAACAUUACUGAUGCCAACACCCAUAGGCCAGUGUUCCAAAGUGCCCAUUACUCAGAAAGUGUUAAUGAGGAUCGUCCUGUAGGCAGUACUGUGCUAGUGAUCAGUGCCACUGAUGAUGAUGUAGGGGAAAAUGCCAGGAUUACCUACUACUUGGAGGACAAUAUUCCUCAAUUUCGGAUAGAUGCAAACACUGGCACCAUCACAUUGCAGGCAGAGCUGGAUUAUGAGGACCAGGUUACCUACACGCUGGCCAUUACAGCCAAAGAUAAUGGGAUCCCUCAGAAAGCAGACACGACCUAUGUAGAAAUAAUGGUAAAUGAUGUUAAUGACAAUGCUCCUCAGUUUGUUAGUGCUCACUACCAAGGAAUCAUCUCUGAAGACAGCUCUCCUUUUGCGAGUGUGCUCCAGAUCUCUGCCACUGACCGGGAUGCUCAAGCCAACGGACGGGUGCAGUAUACCUUCCAGAAUGGAGAAGAUGGGGAUGGGGACUUCACUAUAGAACCCACAUCUGGGAUUAUUCGCACUGUCCGCAGGCUGGACCGAGAAAGCAUCCCAGUCUAUGAACUCACUGCUUAUGCUGUGGACAGAGGGAUCCCUUCUCAAAGGACACCUGUCCAUAUUCAAGUCACUGUGCAAGAUGUUAAUGAUAAUGCCCCCGUCUUCCCAGCUGAAGAGUUUGAGGUUUUAGUGAAAGAGAAUAGCAUUGUGGGCUCUGUAGUGGCCCAGAUUACAGCUAUUGAUCCAGAUGAGGGACCCAAUGCCCAGAUCAUGUAUCAAAUUGUGGAAGGCAAUAUCCCUGAAAUUUUCCAGAUGGACAUCUUUUCAGGUGAGCUCACUGCCCUGAUUGACCUGGACUAUGAGACCAAGGCAGAGUAUCUAAUUGUAGUCCAGGCCACCUCUGCCCCCCUUGUCAGCAGAGCCACAGUCCACAUCAAGCUCAUUGACCAGAACGAUAACAGCCCCAUUCUUAAAAACUUCCAGAUCCUCUUUAACAACUAUGUCUCCAACAAAUCCAACACCUUCCCUUCUGGAGUCAUAGGGAAGAUCCCCGCUUAUGACCCAGAUGAAUCCGACAGACUGUUCUACACCUUUGAACGAGGAAAUGAGCUGCACUUGUUGAUUGUCAAUCAGACUAGCGGGGAACUCCGGCUGAGUCGUAAACUAGACAACAAUCGUCCCUUGGUGGCCUCCAUGCUGGUGACAGUCACAGAUGGGAUCCACAGUGUGACCGCCCAGUGUGUCCUGCACGUCAUUGUCAUCACUGAGGACAUGCUAGCUAACAGCAUCACUGUGCGCCUGGAAAACAUGUGGCAGGAACGCUUCCUCUCACCCCUCCUGGCCAAUUUCCUAGAGGGUGUGGCAACUGUGCUGGCCACCCCCAAGGAGGACAUCUUCAUCUUCAACAUCCAGAACGACACAGACGUCGGCGGGCAAGUGCUGAAUGUCAGUUUCUCAGCUAUGGCACCCAGUAGUGGCCACUUCUUCAGUUCAGAGGAGCUCCAGGAGCAGCUGUACAUGAGGCGCAUGACCUUGACCUCAGUCUCCAUGCUGGAGGUCCUGCCCUUUGAUGACAAUGUUUGCCUCCGCGAGCCCUGCCAAAACUACAUGAAGUGCAUCUCCGUGCUCAAGUUUGACAGCUCGGCCCCCUUCAUCGCCUCCUUUUCCACCCUCUUCCGGCCCAUCCAUCCAAUCACGGGCUUGCGCUGCCGCUGCCCCCAAGGCUUCACUGGCGACUACUGUGAAAUGGAGAUCAACCUCUGCUACUCCAACCCCUGCCGCAAUGGCGGAGUCUGCACCCGCAAGGAGGGUGGCUACACCUGCAUCUGCCGUCAGCACUUCACAGGUGAGAAUUGCAAGGUGGAUAGCCGGGCAGGACGCUGCAUCCCUGGCGUAUGUAGAAAUGGAGGGACCUGCAUCAACUCUGCAGAUGGCGGCUUCCAGUGUCAAUGCCCACCUGGGGGCUUUGAAAAGCCUUACUGUGAAGUGUCUACACGCUCCUUCCCUCCCAAAUCUUUCAUCAUGUUUCGAGGACUCCGCCAGAGGUUUCACCUGACCCUCUCCCUCUCAUUUGCCACCUUGGAGCAUAGUGGUCUCCUAAUGUACAACGGACGUCUAAAUGAGAAGCAUGACUUCUUGGCUGUAGAGAUUGUGGAUGAGCAGGUCCAGCUGAAGUACUCCACAGGAGAGUCGAGCACCAUUGUUGCUCCAUAUGUGCCAGGAGGUGUGAGUGAUGGGCAGUGGCAUACAGUGCAGCUUCACUAUUACAACAAGCCCAAGAUCAGCUCCCUGGGGUCAGUGCAAGGACCUUCCAAAGACAAGGUGGCCAUCCUAACGGUGGACCGAUGUGAUGCAUCUGUGGCCCUACAAUUCGGCAGCGAGAUUGGGAACUACUCCUGUGCGGCAGAGGGGGUGCAGUCCAGUUCCAAGAAAUCGCUGGACCUCACCGGGCCUUUGCUCCUUGGAGGGGUUCCCAAUCUGCCUGAGAACUUUCCAGUGGAGCACAGGGAGUUUGUGGGGUGCAUGAGAGAUCUAUACAUUGACAGUAAACGCAUUGACCUGGCUUCCUACAUUGCAAACAAUGGUACCUCCACAGGUUGCCAUGCCAAACACUCCUUCUGUGAUUCCAACCCUUGCAAGAAUGGUGGGACCUGCAUGGUAGGGUGGUCUUCCUUUACCUGCGAGUGCCCAGUAGGCUUUGGAGGCAAGGACUGCAGGCAUGUUAUGCAUCAUCCUCACCAUUUCCAUGGCAACAGCAUCCUUUUCUGGGACUUCAAGAAUGAAGUGAAGAUCUCCACUCCCUGGUAUAUGGGCCUGGCAUUCCGGACACGCCAACUGAAUGGAGUGUUACUUCAGGCACAUGCUGGCCAGCACACCACCAUACUCUGCCAGCUGGACUCUGGCCUGCUGUCCUUCAUGGUGAACAGGGGUUCUGGCCGCAAAACCAAACUCCUCCUGGAUCAAAUGCAACUGAAUGAUGGGACUUGGCAUGACCUCCAGCUACAGCUACAGGAUGUUCGCAGUGGCCGAGAUACACGUUUCAUAAUCACCCUCAACUUGGAUUUCGGAUUCUACCAGGACACUGUUGUUGUUGGAAAUGAGCUACAUGGUCUGAAGGUGAAGCAUCUCCAUGUUGGGGGAAUCUUAGAGUCGGGUAAAGUCCAUCAUGGUUUGGAGGGCUGCAUCCAGGGAGUACGCCUAGGUGACACAGCCACGGGGACUGCAUUAACCAAGCCCAGCAGCGCUUUGAACGUGGAGACAGGAUGUAGUGUGCCCAACCCUUGUGACUCCAACCCUUGUCCCGCCAACAGUUUGUGUCAGGACAAGUGGCAAAGCUACUUUUGCGUAUGCCAGCCAGGUUACUAUGGUGGGAACUGCAUUGAUGCCUGUAAUUUGAACCCCUGCAAGAACAAGUCAGUGUGUCGUCGGAAGCCAGGAGCUCCCCAUGGCUAUGUCUGUGAAUGUGGAGAGAAUCACUUUGGGCAAUACUGUGAGCACAGGAUGGAUCAACAGUGUCCCAAGGGCUGGUGGGGGAAUCCGACGUGUGGGCCCUGCAACUGUGAGGUGGCCAAGGGAUUUGACCCAGACUGUAAUAAAACCAACGGGCAGUGUCACUGCAAGGAGUUCCAUUACCAUCCGAAAGGGAGUAACACUUGCCUUCCCUGUGACUGCUACCCCGUUGGCUCCUCCUCACGUUCCUGUGAUCAGGAAAUGGGCCAGUGCCACUGCCGGGCUGGUGUGAUUGGCCGACAAUGCAACAGCUGCGACAGCCCUUUUGCUGAGGUGACCCCCAGUGGCUGCCAGGUGCUGUACGAUGCGUGUCCUAGAUCUCUGAGAGCUGGGGUGUGGUGGCCUCAAACCAAGUUCGGCUUACCAGCCGUGGUGCCUUGUCCCAAAGGUUCACUGGGUUUGCGGGGUGCAGGUGCAGCAGUUCGGCACUGCAGUGAGGAAAGAGGUUGGCUGGAACCAGAUCUCUUCAACUGCACAUCACCUGCCUUCAAGGAGCUCUCAGCACUGCUGGAAGGUCUGGAGAGGAAUGAGACAGAACUGAACACCAUAGAAGCCAAGAAGCUAGCUCACCAGCUACGGGCGGUGACAGAUCAGAUGGAGCGCUACUUUGGCAAUGAUGUUCACAUCACAUAUCGCCUGUUGUCCCAUUUGAUGGCCUUUGAGAGCAAGCAGCAUGGCUUUGGCCUGACCGCCACCCAGGAUGCCCACUUCAAUGAGAACCUCUUGCUGGCUGGCAGCUCGGUGCUAGCAUUAGAGAACCAGGAACACUGGGAAGCAUUGUUGCAGAAUGAUCACAGCAGCGCAGGGUUGAUGGAACAGCUGAGAGAGUACACCAGCACUCUGGCCAGCAACAUGAAACUCACCUACCUCAACCCCGUUGGUGUGGUGACCCCAAAUAUUGUGCUCAGCAUUGACCGAAUGGAGAACCACACCCACUUCAGGAGGCGCUACCCACGCUAUCACAGCACCCUCUUCCGUGGCCAGGCCAUGUGGGAUCCUCACACCCACAUAGUGCUCCCUCUCUCCAUCCUUACACCCCACAAAGUAGAAGCUCCAACCACAGCAGCACCGACACUGGUAAAUAGUGAAACCAAUGACACUGUGGAAAGUUCCCCUCCGAAGCACUUCCUGCCGGAACCUGAGCCUGCUAUGACCAUCCUCAUCCUCAUAAUUUAUCGCACCCUAGGAGGACUUCUGCCUGCCCGCUACCAAGUUGAUAGACGCAAUCUCAGGCUGCCCAAAAACCCUGUUAUGAAUUCCCCCAUAGUGAGCGUCUCUGUGUUCAGCAAUCACACUUUCCUCCAGAGCACUUUGGAGACACCGCUAGUGCUAGAAUUCCGCCUGUUGGAGACGGCCAACCGCAGCAAGCCCCUCUGCGUUCAGUGGAAUCACUCUAGCCAGAUUGAGCCCCUCACUGGCUUCUGGACAGCACGGGAUUGUGAUCUUGUGUAUCGAAACGCCACGCAUGUUCGUUGCCACUGCUCACAGUUUGGCACUUUUGGGGUCCUGAUGGACAGCUCCCAUCGAGAGCAGCUGGAAGGUGACCUAGAGACUUUGGCCAUUGUGACCUAUUCCUUGAUGUCCCUCUCCCUUCUGUUCUUGCUCAUGACCUUCUCCUUCCUGAUAUGCCUGAAAGGUCUCAAGUCCAACACGAGGGGCAUCCACUGCAACAUCUCUGUCACCCUCUUCUUCUCUGAACUCCUCUUUCUCUUGGGUAUCAACCGCACUGAAAACCAGUUCUUCUGCACUGUGAUUGCCAUCUUGCUGCACUACUUCUUCCUCUCGACUUUUGCUUGGCUCUUUGUGCAAGGCCUCCACAUCUACCGCAUGCAGACUGAAGCCCGCAACAUCAACUAUGGAGCUAUGAGGUUCUACUACGCCAUUGGCUGGGGUGUCCCCGCUAUCAUCACUGGAUUAUCUGUUGGCUUGGAUCCAGAGGGCUAUGGGAAUCCAGAUUUCUGCUGGAUUUCCAUCCAUGAUAAACUGAUCUGGAGUUUUGCAGGGCCCAUUGCUGUUGUCAUUGUGAUGAAUGGGGUGAUGUUUCUGCUGGUUGCCAAGAUGCUGUGCUCCCCAGGCCAGAAGGAAGCCAAAAGGAAAUCUGUUCUCAUGAUGCUGCGAAGCUCCUUCGUUCUGCUUCUAGUUAUUAGCACUGCUUGGCUCUUUGGCCUCUUGGCUGUCAACAACAGUGUCCUGACUUUCCACUACCUCUACACUGUCCUCUGCAGCCUUCAGGGCUUGGCAGUGCUGGUUCUGUUCUGUGUGCUGAACAAAGAGGUACAGGAAGCCUGGAAACUAGCCUGUCUUGGCAAGAAGGGUCAGGGCGAGGAAGGCACCAGAAGUGGUCAGGGUCCCAAUGCCUAUAACAACACGGCACUCUUUGAGGAGAGCGGUCUUAUCCGCAUCACCCUGGGAGCUUCCACCAUCUCUUCCGUCAGCAGUGUGCGCUCAGCCCACACCCAUUCUAGCCAGCGAGGCUACCUCAGGGAGAACCUGAUGGCACAUCAAGGCUCAGCUCUGGAUCACAACUUGCUCAAUCAUGCUGGUCCUACAGACCUUGACGUUGCUAUGUUCCAUCGUGAUGCAGGGCCAGAUCAAGACUCUGACUCGGACAGUGACCUCUCUCUCGACGAGGAGCGCAGCCUCUCAAUUCCAUCAUCGGAGAGUGAGGAGAAUGUGCAUCUCCGGGGCAGGUUCCAGUGCCAGUUCAAAAGAGCAGCACACAGUGAGAGGCUCCUCACCAAUCCUUCCAACUCCACACCCAAAGAUGUAGAUGGCAAUGACCUGAUGUCCUAUUGGCCAGCCCUGGGGGAAUGUGAAGCUCACCCCUGCUCACUCCAGAAAUGGGGCUCAGAGCGGAAACUUGGAUUUGAUGCCAACAAGGAUGCUGCCAACAAUAACCAGCCGGACCUGGCCUUGACCAGCGGGGAUGAGAAUUCCCUCACCCAGACCCAACGGCAGCGGAAAGGCAUCCUGAAGAAUCGCCUCCAGUACCCUCCAACUUUGCAAGGCCUGUCGUCCGUAAGCAGAAUGACCAAUGAGCUUUCCUGGUACAAAACCUCCACCCUGGGUCAUAGGGCGGUUCCUGCUGCUUCUUAUGGCAGGAUCUAUUCAGGUGCAGGCAGCCUCUCUCAGCCAGCAAGCCGUUACUCUUCCCGGGAGCAACUUGACAUGCUGAUGAGAAGGCAGAUGUCCAGAGAACAGCUGAGCCGGAAUGCCUCUGGCGAGUGCCUAGAAGUUGCAGCCAGCAGGCACGGGUCACGGGAGCACCUGGACACUCUUCUGAACAGGUCCGGGUCAAGGGAGCACCUGGACACCAUCCUCAGCCGACAUGGGUCCCGAGAGCACCUUGCAAGCAUACCCAGCAGGCAUGGGUCGAGAGAAAACUUAGGUGAAGUAGCUACUGGACACGAUCAAAGAGAUCAUGGGAACACCCUACCCAGGAGGCAGGGAUCUAGAGACUAUCUAGAUGCGUUACCCUGUCAAUUUGGGUCACGAGAACCACUAGACUGUGGUGGGGCAGUCAGAGAGAUCUCUAGAGAAUGGCUAAACACUAUGCCAAAUAGGCAAGCCUCUAGAGAUCGAAUGGACACUUUGUCAAGUCGAGACACUUCUCGAGAACAGCUGGAUCUGCUUUCUAGAAAGCAGCCUUUGAGGGACCAACUAGCAACAGCUAGACAAACAUCAAGAGAGCAGCUGGACUUUUUAUCCAGAAGAUCUAAUUCCAGAGAGCAUCUGGACAUAGUGCCUAGUAGGCAGGCUUCUCGGGAAAAUCUGGAGCCUCUUUCUAGACAGCAGCCUUCUAGAGAAAAUCUUGAACUCCUUUCAAGGAGGCUCCCUUCUAGAGAAAAUCUAGAAGCAAUCCCCAGCCGUCACCCCUCCACAGAACAAUUAGACAUACUUUCUUCCAUCCUAGCAUCUUUUAACUCCUCUGUCCUGUCCUCUGUGCAAUCAUCCAGCACCCCCUCAGGCCCACAGACCACACCCACACCUUCUGUGACACAGACAUCCUCCACGCCCUCCAUGAUGUGCCCUUCACCACCUCGCUCUGCUACAUCUCACAGUAUCUCCGAGCUGUCGCCAGACUCAGAAGUAACAAGAAGUGAAGGUCAUUCCUGAGAGGCCCAACCCCUGUGAGAACAAAAGAAGCAGGAAUGGUUGCCGGGCCAGACUCUUCCAG